AUGAAUGGAGCACGGUUUUUGGCUAGAAAUGCUUUUCUUUGGAGAGCGGCCUUUUCCAUGUCUACUUCAGCGAGUCCACGUACUGUCGGACUCGUCGGUACGGGAAAUGUUGGUUCAGCUGUUGCAGUUGGGCUCAGGAAAAUCGAUGUAUCGGUGAAAGCAUUCGACCUUCAGCAAAACAAUUACAACUUUCUUGAAAGCACCGGUACUACACUAGUAAACUCGCCAGAGGAAGUGACAAAAGAUGUCGAUGUUCUUAUUACAGCUCUGCCGAAACCCCAGCACGUCAAGUCCGCUCUUGAGGAUACUGGGAUGCUGUCGAUGCUCAAAGAGGGAAGUGUCUGGAUCGAUCACACCACUACAGACUACAACGAGACCAUACGGCUUGGAGAGCUUGCUACAAGCAAGGGGGUGCACGCCGUUGAAGCCCCCCUAACUGGCGGAGUGAGCCUACUCAAGCAAGGGCUCAUGACAGUGUUUGUUGGUGGAGAAGAAAAAGUCGUGCAGGAUGUCAAACCGUUAAUGGAUUCUUACACGGCGACCUUUCUGUACUUCGGUCCACUUGGGAAAGCGACCGUAGCCAAAGUGAUCAGUAACAUGCUAUGUGCUGCACAUCUCGUAGCUGCCGGGGAAGCGCUCAUGCUCGCGAAGAAAGCAGGUUUAGAUAUGAGUAAUUUCUUUGACGGAAUCCGUUAUAGUGCUGGAAACUCGUACGUUUUUGAAACGGAAGUACCACUUAUGUUCAAUGGAAGCUAUGACCCAGAUUUCACCAUUGAUCUACAUUGCAAAGAUUUAGCCCUCGGCCGGGAGAUCGCCACUUCUAAUGACUCUCCACUAGAGCUACUAGGGCUGACCGAAGAUAUCUAUAGAAGAGCUAUGGAGAAGUACGGGAAAGAUGUGGGCUCCAGUUUCCCUGCCAAAAUGUUGGAAGAUGAUACAGGGAUCUCGCAACAGCAACCAGGCUGGGAAAAAUGGUCUUACACCAUGGAGCGAGUGAGCGGCGGAGGGAUUGGCGUGGUCCAUAGAAACCGCGGGAAAUGA